UGCCGUGAGAAGUGUAACAUGGUUGGUAUUUCGGCAGAAGAGUUGAAGAUACGAAGUGAGCUUGGAAUGGAGAUAGAAAAUGGGUUGGAGAAAGAGAUAAAGGAGAGUAUAUACCACCUUGCUCUUGGGUUGCACCGGAUUUACCAGGAGAAGAAGGAAAGAAGUGCAAAAGAAACGUUUGAACUUACUGAAGUCAACGUAAGCAUAAGAAUGGAAGGAAGAACUGAAGUUGAAAUCAGAGAGGUGAAGAAUGUAAAAAAGGUUGAUUGGGUAAAGACCCUCAGAAGAGGUUCAAGCCCUGUUUGUGACAGCAGAUUUUCAAAUGUCAGCUCAAAGCCGAAGGGGAAAAAGCUAAGCACUGACCCUAAUAGUUUAUCCAAUAGGAGCGGAAAGAAAGGUUGUUCCUUUGGCCAAGUAAAACAGAAUGCAAGUGUAGACAAAAAGAUACUUCAAUUGAGGUGGAAGGUUUGAAGG